AUGGCGCGCGCGGGGGUCUGGCUGCUGGCGGUCGGCGUCCUGCUGGCGCUGCCGCCGCGCUCGGGCGCCCCGAGGCCGGGCCGGCGGCCGGCACGCCCGCGGGGCUGCGCGGACCGGCCCGAAGAGCUCCUGGAGCAGCUGUACGGGCGGCUGGCGGCGGGCGUGCUGGGCGCCUUCCAGCACACGCUGCAGCUGGCCCCGCGCGAGCAGGCGCGCAACGCGAGCUGCCCGGCAGGGGGCAGGCCCGCCGCCGACCGCCGCUUCCGGCCGCCCACCAACCUGCGCAGCGUGUCCCCCUGGGCCUACAGGGUGUCAUAUGAUGCAGCACGCUUCCCCCGGCUCCUGCCAGAGGCCUACUGCCUGUGCCUGGGCUGCCUAACAGGACCAGCGGGAGCUGAGGAUACUCGUUUCCGCAGCACCCCAGUCUAUGCACCCGCUGUGGUGUUGCGCCGCACACCAGCCUGUGCUGGGGGUCGUGCUGUUUACCGGGAGGACUACGUUGCCCUAGCUGUGGGCUGCACCUGUGUCCCUGAGCCUGAGGUCACCACCAGCCCCAAUGCCAGCAUCGACAAGCCAGGAGCCAGGCCACCUCUACAGCCUAGUGACAAGCCAGCCGGGUAGUGAGUGAUCCUCAUUCCCUGGUGCCCUCUGCACCACCACCCUGCUUCUGCUCCUGGAUUCCCUCAAGGCCAAGCCCACCGCUUCUGGGUCCCUUCCCUAUC